GUUUUAAAUUUCUUUUUUUUAUGAGUAGGUAAUAAAAAACUAAACUAUGGCUCUUUUUGGAAUGGUCUUUGUUUUGCUUAGUGUUUUUACCUUACCAAAUGAAUCACUUAUAAAUGAUCGUCCUAUUAUUGCUGUACUUGCACAACUAUCACCAGUUGACAAUCAUUACUCUUAUAUUGCUGCUUCUUACGUCAAGUAUUUAGAGAGUGCAGGAGCUCGCGUUGUACCUAUUCCUGCUAGUAUGACAGCAGACGAAGUCUCAAAAUUAUUCAACUAUGUAAAUGGAGUUCUAUAUCCGGGUGGCAGCACAACAUGGUUUACCUCUGGGUACUACAAACAUGCUAAAAUUUUUCAUGAUCUUGCUAUUAAAGCCAACAAGAAUGGAGAUUAUUUUCCUGUUUGGGGGACUUGCCUUGGCUUUGAAACACUUCAUGUAAUUGCUACCGAGAGUGGAGAUGUGUUAACAAACUUUGCAGCUGAAGAUAUCUCUUUAGCAUUAAACUUUACUCCAGAUGCAAGCACAAGUCGCUUGUUCUCAGGAAUUGAUAAAAAUUUGUUUAAAGCAUUAUCAGCUGAAAACAUUACAUACAAUCACCAUUCAUACGGAAUAUCUCCUAAGGAAUACACGGUUAGAUCUACUCUCAAAUCGUUUUACAAAGUUUUAUCUACUAACAAAGAUGUCAAUGGACUGACGUUUGUUUCAUCUAUUGAAGCUUAUGACUACCCUUUUUAUGGCACUCAAUGGCACCCAGAAAAAAAUGCUUUCGAGUUUUCUCAAAACGAGCAACUUCCUCAUUCUGUGAAUGCUGUCAGAAUGGCACAAUAUGUUGCAAACUUUUUUGUUGACGAAUCUCGAAAAAAUUCACACAAAUUUCCGUCAGCAAAACUUGAGCAGGAUUAUUUAAUUUACAACUAUAAUCCUGUUUAUACUGGGGGUAAAGAAGGAAGACUUACUAACUUUGAGCAAGUAUAUCUCUUUCCAGAAACUCCCCACAAUGAAAUAUAAUUUUUCAUCCAAGCGGAUUAGUUAAUUUCCACAGUUUAAUAAAUUAAACGUUUUUACUUAUUUCACUUUUACUUUUCGUUACUUUAAAAAGUUUUUAAACGUUGUUUUAGUUGUUUCAGAUUUAAAAAUUCUAACUUUUGUUCUGUAACUUUUAAUUGACAAAAUUUUAAUAAAACUGUAAUUAAAAAUAUUGUGAACUUUUUUUUGAAGUUUCAUAAGCAGUUUUUUGCUACUAUAGUAUAAUUCACAAACUUUUUUAGAUUUAAUUACGUAUUUAUAAAUUGCAGAUUUAGUUGUGCUUUAAAAAGCUAUCUAUCAUAUAAUUAUGCAGCCGAACACAUAUAAUUAUGCAGCCGGAAACAUGUAAAAUAGAGUUGUAACAUAGUUGUAAUACCGUUGUAAUAUAUAUAUAUAUA